UGGGCCGGGCCGCGCGGGGGAAGAUGGCGGCGGGCGCGCGGGGAGCCGGGCCUGACGCCGCGGUGACAGCGCUACUGGCCGCCUGGCUGGGGCUGGUGCUGGGCCCCGCCGCCGCCUCCCGCCCCUCCGAGGUGGGCAGCCCCGGCGAGCAGCGGGGCCGCGUGCAGGUCCUGAGCGCCGCCAACUGGAGCCUGGUGCUGCAGGGCCAGUGGAUGGUGAAAUUUUAUGCCCCUUGGUGUCCAGCGUGUCAACAGAUUGAAGCAGCAUGGGAGAAUUUUGCAAAAGAAAGUGAGCAUCUAGAUAUCACUGUAGGAAAAGUGGACGUCACUCAAGAACCAGGUUUGAGUGGCCGUUUUUUUGUCACCACACUUCCUACUAUUUACCAUGCGAUGGAUGGAGUAUUUCGCAGAUAUCGUGGCUCAAGGACGUCGGAAGACCUUCAAGGCUAUAUCCUAGAGAGAAAAUGGGAAGCUGUAGAACCCGUAGCUGGAUGGAAAUCCCCAUCUUCUAUAAUGAUGCAUGGAAUGGCAGGUCUUUUUCAUUUCUCUGGAUGGAUCAGGCAAAUUCACAGCUACUUCACAGGCACUCUUGGAAUUCAUGUCUGGGGUUCUUAUGCAAUCUUCAUUUUAUCCACCCUGUUGAUUGGCCUGAUCCUGGGUUUGAUAUUGGUUUUGAUUGCAGACUGCCUUUGCCCUUCCAAGCCUAGGUACAGAGAAGAAGCAUCCGUAGAGUUGAUUGAAAAGGAGAAUGCAGAGCUUACAGCAGUAGAAGAGGUGGAAGAAGCUGAAGAGUUUUCAGCAAAUGAGUUAGAAGAGGCUGCAGAGGAAAAGAAGGACAUUUCAGAUGGGGAAGAUGGAGCCAAAUCAAGUGAAGAGGCCAAUUCAAGUGAGGAUGGCACAGAAGAGGAGGACUCUGCUGUUGAUGAAGGAUCAGGGACAGAAGAGACAGAAGACAUCUGUGAACAACAUCCAACUGAUUCGGAGACCCAAAGCUCAGUAAGGCAACGUAAAAGCCAGGUGGCUGACAAUGGACUAUAGUUUCCUUGGUGUUUUCCAUAAACUCGGACCAAAGAAAUAUCUGGGGCCCUUUUGGUCUGCAGCUGAAGCCAAACACUUGAUUUGUAAUUUGUGUUUACGUAAAGCAAAACCUCUGCUCUGCGUCAGUUGGCUUCUUUCUUUUUUCUAAGCCAAUAUUUGCUCAUAGACUCUCAUUUUUAUAAGCACGCCUUUAUAUAUUCAGUUAGCCAUGACAAUCAAAAUCAUAAGUAUGAUUUGAUCUGCUUAGAGACUUAGGGGGUGGGGGACAUGACCACUGGGAUGAAAGACUUGGUAAUGAGAUGCUUGUUCAUGCUUGUGCUCCUUUAUAGACACUGCUCUAAGCAAGAUGAGGCAAGAGAAUUUGAAUUCACAAACCUACAUUAACGAGAAGUAGCUCAGCAGGAAUCUUGACUUCCUUUUCUUUCUGUCUGAAUAUGUUCCUUAAAUGCCAUAAUAACAUCAGGCACAUCAUAAAACAGCAGACAGAGGCACCUUAAUUGUCUUCCAUUAAAACAACUUUGUGUUUGAUGAUUUUGCGUUCAUCAACUCAACUGAAGCACCUUCAUUAUGUUGCUUUUUUUUCUCAUUUUUUUUUUCUGCUGAAUAGUUAUUUUGAAACUAUACCAUAAUAUUAUAACAGUGAGUAGUUUUAUUCUAUGCUUGAGGAGCACCCAAAGUGUCUCAACUGUUGAUUAUUCAAAGGUAUAGUGCACAAGUCAGGCUUAUAUCAGCUGGUGAUUUUAAUCAUUUUAAGGGGUUUAGAUCAUCAAAAACUGUCGGCUAUGGAACAUAAACAACUAGAUGCUUAAAAUGACAUGUUUGAACCUUGGCGGUUGGAAGGAAAAUGGUUUAGUGAGAGCAAGGAAUUUUUGCCGAAGUGUAGCCUUUUUCCUUUAAGAUGUUGCAGUGAGAAGUAUUUGUGUCUAAGACAGUAAAUGCCAUAUUUCUUACCAAUACAAGCUAGUCAUAUACAGAGGACUUCAGUGUUCGUUUGCUGUUUGCAGCCCAGAGUAGCUGGCAGUGAGAACUGCUUUAGUAAUAUUAACUGAAAAACCACUUAUGGUUUCACCUCUAGUGUGCUGGCUUUAAUGACGGAAGUAGUGGGGGGGGAAAAACAUCAGGAAAUUAAAGAAAUAGUUUUUGGUUACACAGCUGUCUUUUGUCUACAUAGAUAUGCAUCUUUCAAAUUGCACAAAGUGGAAAUGGCUCAUUAGCUAAUCUGCUGGCAACACCUCAUGCUAUCAAGUUUAUUCAAGAAGUCUGCAUUUUAUUCAUUCUAGUUGGCAUGACUUAUAUUAAGAAUUUUUUUUAAUAACCAUAUCCCAUUAAGUGAAUGAAUAUCUGAAGGAUAAUCCUGUACAUUCCCACUUUGGCAGCAUGCUGAUCCAGAUUGCACAAUAAGAAGCAGAAAGGUGGUUUCCAUCUUUUUUUAUUGCAUAUUUAAUUACCAUAUUGCAUAAACCCAGCCAUCUAGCAUUAGUCUCUUCAUUUCCUUUUGUGAGAAAAGGAGUAUUCUGUGAGAUUAAUAUGGUUGCCCCCUUGUGUUAGAAAAGGGAUAUUACCAGUGCACAAAGGUGAUUUCUUGGAGACAAUCAGUCUUGACAGGGCCAGUUUACAUCUGUCUUCGGAGUUGUUUUACUGUUAAUGCAAAGAUUUUAUUUAGCAGAAAGCAAUCUAACUUACUGUAGUUCGCUGUUUUUUAAAUGUUUCCAAAAGUACAACAUUUGCUAAUCUAAUAUAAAUCGUACAGUCAUAGGGCCUGAUUCUGGUCUGUUGUACAAGUGUAAAGCAGGUGUAACUUCACUGAACUCUUGAGCAUAAACGAGAUCAGGCACCUGUUUUUUUAAAUCUUGACAUACAGGUGUUGAAAAAUCUGUUAAUCUUGCAAAGAGUUACACCUCUGUCUGCAUUAACUAAGAUUUUAACACAUUAUAUAACAAGCUUAUUGCCAUACAAGACGCAGGGAUUACAAGAUGUCCUAAGAAACAACAAAACUUUAAUUACAUAAGCUAAUUUCUGGAGUCCCUUCUGUUCAAGUAACUCCUAUUGAAGUCAAGGAGCGUGUCACAUGUUUCAGGUCUGGGCUGUAGAAAGUGUUCAGGAAAAACCAAAGUCCAAAGAAGACAUGAAAUCUCAGUUCUGUUGUAGAUGAAGGGACAUAAAGCAAGUAGGACUCAUGCCACUCUGAGUGAUGAUACAUUCAUUUUAAGGUGUUUCAAACAUCAGGCCCCAUAUAUGGUGGCCCCUUUAUUUCCAUACUCCCACUAAUAAGGAAGAUUAGUGCUAACUUUGGUAUGACAGUUGAUCUCUUGUAUUGCAAAUGGAAUUGAAGUACAGUGGGUCUGAUUAUUGUAUUUAUAGAACACGUCACUUCUCAAAGUGCUGUACAGACAUUAAUAACACCUCCUCAGCUUUAAGAAUGUCAUGUUCCUUUGUCAAGUAGACUUGCAAUAAAACAGUAGUGACUCUUGGCUCGUGGAGAAAAUCUACUGUUCGGCUUAAGUAACAGGUGAUAUUAAAGGGCAUUACAAAGGGCAGAUUUCUCCUUAAUGAUUAAUGUGGUAACCGUGCAAUAAUAGCAGUGUCAGUCCUGAAUAAUAUAUGGAGGGCUUGUACCUUUUCACUGAAAAAUGUCUUCUUAACUUUAAGUCAUGUUAGUAUAGUAUUGAAAUGUUUACGUCAGUUUUAGACUUGCAGUUUUAGCAUUGUCUGUGUUUCUGGGUUAUUUAAAGGAUUAAUACCUCUCAUUUGUGCCAACUGAGAAGACCGUUUGUCAUCUCAUCACCUCCGUCCUCUGUUUUGAUUCAUUUUACAGAAGUAGAAUUUGUCCUUGCAUUUUGAAUAUAGACAAAAUGUCUUUGAAAAGAAGCUGCUGUUCACACAAUUAGCUGAAAUGGUUUGAGUAAAUGUAGCACCGUUAACGCUGGUAAGAUCUGCUGAUGGGGAGGGCACACUUUCAAAGGGUGCCUAGUGAUUUUGGAUUCCCAGUUUAGAGACUUACUUUUCAGAGGCUGGUGCUCAGCAUGUUCUGGAAAUCAGACCCCCUGAAAGUUCCUCAGCAUGAGCAUCCAAAAAGCGAGACAUCCACAAACCAACAAGUCAGUCUUGAAAUGUUAAGGCUAUAUUUCUAAAGAGGGCACAAAUGAAGCUUUGCCUUUUCUACUGAUGCUUCCAAUAAAGUUUCAAGUGAAAUACUAAUCUGUGUAUAUCUUCAACUAUAAUUACUCUGUUGGACAACAUUUUUUGUUACACGGCUUUUUCAUGGAAAUGUUAUGCAAAAUUACUUUUUAUACUAAAAAUUCUGCGAAUUUAAGCCAUGGGUAUUUGUACUGGAAUUCCAUAUAAAUUUUUUUAUUUAUGA